AUGACAGCUCUAAAGUUUGUCUUCUCUGUGACAUGUUUGUUUGUGGGGAACAUGGCUCAGAAGACUGAUGUGAACACCUCUCUAUCUGUUCACCAAACCAAAGGUUUUGUAUCAGUGAAUGUUGGUGACAAUGUGACUUUACAGUGUUUCUAUGAAGGUGAUGAUUCAACAUCGUAUUUUUGGUUUAAACAAACUCUGGGACAAAAUCCAAGGCUCAUUGCUACCAACUAUGUGCAUGACAGAAAAAUCACAUUUUAUGAGGAAUUCAAAGACAACCCACGCUUCACUCUGGAUACUGGAAAUGGCAAAAAUCACCUGACAAUGAAAGAUGUGCAAGUUUCAGACUCAGCUACUUACUACUGUUCUAGUAGAUAUAUAUUUAUUUUUGAGUUUGCUGAGGGCACUACUGUCAGUGUAGAGGGUUCAGGUGUGAGUGUCCAAGCUGUGGUCCAUCAGUCGGCAUCUGAGACCAUCCAGCCAGGAGGCUCUGUGACUCUGAACUGUACAGUCCACACUGGGACCUGUGAUGGAGAACACAGGGUUUACUGGUUCAGAGACUCUGAACAGUCUCAUCCAGGACUCAUUUACACCCAUGGAGGCAGCAGUGAUCAGUGUGAGAGGAAACCUGAGACACAAACACACUCCUGUGUCUACAACCCGCCGAUGAAGAGCCUGAAUCUUUCUCAUGCUGGGACCUACUACUGUGCUGUUGCCUGCUGUGGACACAUACUGUUUGGUAACAGGACCAAACUGGACUUUGGGGAGGAUGUUCAGAUGAGGUAUUUCUGGUGUGGAGCUUUGGCAUUCACCACCAUCCUCAGUGUUGUACUGGCUUUCUCAGUGUGUAUGAUCAGCAAUAGAAACAGUUGUCAUAUUCCAGAGUCUCAACCAAGACCUCCUGUAUGCACCACAGCAAAUGCACAG